CAAUAUACAUAGGUUAUUUUAAUUUUACUUAUGCUCGUAAUAUUAUUUUUAAAAUAAAAAAUAAAUCUUACAAAAUUACAUCAUUAAUCAGCUUUGGUUACAAUACUAAAUUUUGAUUGUUGCUGAGAUGGCUUCCUACAUGCUUCAAAAAACCGUUACAUCAAUUUGUACAUGUGGCUUACAGAAACUAUUACCUGACUUGUUCUUCUGUCGUCAUUGCUUAACACUUCGUUGUGACUUUUGUGUUAGUCAUGAAAUUGAUACAACUUAUUGUCCACAUUGUUUUGAAAAUCUUUCUUCGACUGAAGCAAAACAUAAGAAAAAUCGAUGUGCUUCAUGUCUAGAGUGUCCACGAUGUUUUAAUACUCUUUCAAUACGUUCAUACUCUCGAACAUCUGAUUCCAAAAAAACCCCUCAGAAAAUGUACUAUUUACUUUGUUUAUUUUGUAACUGGCGAUCUCAUGAACCUAAUGUACCUGAUCAACCUACAUCAUCGGGAAACUGGCCAGUUUAUAAAAAUCCAAAUGAGGCACGAAUUGUUGAUCUUAUCAAUUAUUAUAAAUCUAUUUCUUUGAAAGAAGUAUUUGACAAACAAAAACGAAGUACUAAAAAUUAUGGUCGUAAUUAUAUGCAUUUUUUAGAAAAAUUUGGUUUAAAUGCAAUGAUGGCACGGAAACGUGCUGGUCUUCCUAACUUUCCUAUGGAUGGUACUGGUUACUGUACACCUCAAAUUAGUUCAUCUGAAGCUGUUGAAAAUGUUCUAGAACUCCCUGAAGAUAUAUUUGAAAAAGUAGUAGAUAUAAAACAAAUAUCAACUUUAGAACAACGAUUUGCUACUCCUGAACUUCAAAGUGAAAAUGUAGAUGAUUUGUUUCCAAUACGUAAACAUCUUCGUGUAAAGCAUUCAUUACGUUGCCGUGUAUGUGAACAUAAUGUUGUUAAACCAGAAUAUAAUGCUGUAAAAUUUAAAAUUAAACAUUUAGCAUAUUAUCAUGUUCCAGAAAUAAAAAUAAUUAAAUGUGAACCAUUACUUGCUGGUAAAUCUAGUUCACUGGUUCUGAAAUUGUGUAAUCCUGCACAAACACCCACAGCUGUUCGUUUUGAAAAAUUAAAUUUAAAAGCUAUCAAUAUAGUAAGAGAACCAAGACAAUUAGAAGGAGAAGAUCUUAUAGCUAUUCCUAAGCAAUUACCUGAACCUAUUCCUAUUGUUCUAAAACUACAAGGUGAUAUUGUUGUUCCAGAAGGCGAGAUUAAAAUUGCUGCUAGAGAUGAUACUGCUGAGUAUGAUGAUACAAAUGAAGUAAAUACUGAUUAUGAUGAUCCAAAAUAUGUCUAUUGGAGAAAAGGAAACAAAGUUGCAUUAAAAUUUGAAGUGAAGCCUUAUGAAAAUAUUGCAAAAAAUGAAAAUGUUCAAGUAGGAUUUAUUAUGAAUUUUAUGUAUUUGGAUACAAUGUCACAUGUCAUGAAUCAAAAACAACCCCAAAGUGUAUUGGUACCUAUCAAGAUUGUGUUAAAUUUACCUAAUUCAUAAUAUUUAUUUAAAUUAAGUUUUUUCAAAAUCAAUAAGAUAAACCUUGCAUUUUAUUAAGUGUAACCUACAUUCUAAAAAUUAAUAUUUAAUUAUUUUGCUAUUGCCAAAUAUCUACUACACUUAACAAAUAAUUAAAAACUUAUAGUUAUAAUAUUUUUAUUUACUAAUACAUUAGCAUCA